CCUCCAUUCCCUCCCACCAGCCACCACCCAUCUCCUACGGUCCUACCUCAACCACCCUUAUAUUAAGCCUGCCUCCCCCUCCCCUCUCUGAGUCUCUGUCCCUCGUAUGCAAAGGCAAAGCAAACACUCACAGACCACUUACUGAUCUUCUCUGUGAUCGAUCUCUCAUGGGGAAGACGACUCCACUUCCAUUGUCUAUCGUUCUUUUACUUUUCAUAAGCUGUUUGAUGUCCAUCAUAGGGAAGCUAAGGCCAUGGACUAGUUUAUUGCCACCAGAGCUUCUGUCACUCGACCUUGCCACCCGGCUUCACAUUGACCCUGAGAUCACUAGUUUGGCCUCUACUGACUUUGGUAAACUUGUCCGAGUAAUUCCAGCUGCCGUUCUCUACCCAUUGUCUCUGGACGACAUUGUGGCACUGAUAAGAUUCUCCUUCCGUUCUUCUGUUCCUUUUGGUAUAGCUGCCAGGGGUAGGGGUCACUCUGUCCGUGGACAAGCAACGGCACAUAAAGGCGUUGUUGUGGACAUGAGAUCUCUAGAUAAUGAUCAUAACAACGGCAGUCGAAUUAUUGUUGAUCGGAGCUCGCCGUCGGUUAAUAACUGGUACGCCGAUGUUGGCUGUGAGCAGCUAUGGGUUGAUGUAUUGCAUGCCACCCUGGAGCAUGGUCUUGCGCCAAGGUCGUGGACUGAUUAUUUGUACCUCACCGUGGGAGGCACUCUCUCUAAUGCUGGGAUAAGUGGCCAAUCCUUUCGCCAUGGUCCUCAGAUCAGCAACGUGUAUGAGAUGGACGUCGUUACUGGAAGAGGAGAGCUGGUGACCUGCUCCCCACAGACAAACUCAGAGCUGUUUUAUGCAGUACUGGGAGGUCUUGGCCAGUUUGGAAUCAUCACUAGAGCAAGGAUAGCCUUGGAGCCGGCCCCAACUAAGGUGAGGUGGGUACGUCUUCUCUAUCAUGACUUCAUUGCUUUUACAAGAGAUCAAGAACAUCUCAUCUCAUUCAAUAAUGGAAGUGAAGGUAUCAAGGGACUGGAUUAUGUGGAAGGUUCUCUAGUUAUGAACCAGAGUCCUGCUAACAAUUGGAGGUCUUCGUUUUUCUCACCUGACGACCAUUCAAGGAUUAUUUCUCUGGCAAACGAGCACGGCAUCCUUUAUAGCUUGGAAGUAGCCAAGUACUACGACGAUGAGGUUGACGGGGAAUUAGAAGCCUUGCUCAAAGGGUUGAGCUUUAUUCCUGAUUUGAUCUUUGCUAAAGAUGUUUCCUACAUAGAUUUCUUGAAUAGAGUUCGAAGCGGAGAACUGGAGCUUCAAUCGCAAGGACUGUGGGAUGUUCCUCAUCCAUGGCUUAAUCUGUUUGUGCCCAAAUCUCGAAUCCUCGACUUCGAUUCAGGUGCCUUCAAAGGCAUUCUUAGACAAAAUAAUAAGAUCUCUGGGCCUAUCCUCGUCUAUCCCAUGAAUCGAAACAAGUGGGAUGAUAGGAUGUCUGCAGUGAUUCCUGAGGAAGAUAUCUUCUAUUCGAUAGGACUACUACUGCAAUCAAGUGGGACGCAUGACUGGGAGCAUUUGGAAGAGCAAAAUACAGAAAUAUUAAGAUUCUGUGAGAAGGCUGGAAUCAAGAUUAAGCAAUAUCUCCCUCGUUACCAAACCAAGGCAGAGUGGGUCAAUCAUUUCGGACCGAAAUGGGACACCUUCAAACAAAGGAAGACCAAAUUUGACCCAAAAGCAAUACUCUCACCGGGGCAAGGAGUUUUCACUUCCUAGAAAAGGCAAUCUGUUCGACGAAAUUAAACACUCCUUAAACAGUUUUGAAGAACACAACUACAAGAAACCCAUCUGUUUUUCCUCCUUAAUAUGGGAUUUUGAGAUUUUCUAGCUGCUGGUUUAUCAAAAAUGGGAUGUGCCCAAUCAUCCGACCGCAGUAAAAAACACAUGUAUACUGCAAAAAAACAGAGAACUUUGUGGGGAUUUCUGCUUGAGAGAAAAAUUGUGGCCAAAUCAAACAUUCAAAUAUGAUAGAAUAUAAUAUUGACUUGAGGAUACACUAGUGUCUGCGAGACUUUUCUUGA